ACAUUUGGACCAAAUGGACGUGGAUUUGUGAAUUUACGUGACUUUACGCGUCAAAAUAUACUCUUUGGGGGUCUUUUGAAGAAUUCUAGAAACAGUCAAAGUCACAUUCUUCCUUCCUGACCCACUGAUACCGAUACUGACCCUGUCCUUGUCCUUGUCCUUGUCCUUACCUCUUGGUCCAUUAUGGCUACCCCAGAUAUUGGCAAGCUAGACCUUUCAGAUUCAGACAAUGAUGACCUUUUUGCAUCCCCUUCCAAACCCUCAAAGGCUGAUCUCAAGGCUCUAAACAAGAGUUCGGAAGGCAAUGCGCCGGCGCAAAGAAGUGGGGGAUCAAAAUACGAUGCUGAGACAGCAAGAGAAGCGGCCCUGCAAAAGGAACUAGAAGGAGUUCGCAAUAUCAAUGAACUCAUAGAAGGAGUGCUGGGCAGUCUGGAUCUUGCGAAGGGAAAUAUGGAUACAGUCUCACAAACGGUUACAUCCGCUUCAACGCUACUUAACACAUGGAUUCGCAUACUAUCACAGACGGAACAUAAUCAAAGAUUAAUCUUGAAUCCAAAUUGGCGGGGCGCAAGUCAGGAUAUUGCAGAUAUGGAGAACGAGCAGGUAUUGAAAGCUCAAGCUGCUGAACGUCGGGCUGCGGAGGAAGAGCGAAGAAGAGAAGCUGCAAGGCAAAGAGCGGAGGAUGAAGAAAGGCAAAGACAAGCUGGCACAACAUCUCGUGGGACCCGAGGAGGAAGAGGCAGAGCUAGAGGAGGAGUUUUAAGACCUGGAAGUGUUUCCUCGUCAGGAUAUGGACGUGGAAGCUCGACCGGCUCAAGCACAGGUACUGGCACAAGCAGAGGUGGAUCAGGUAUUGGAAGAGGUAUUCCACGAGGCAGAGCACGAGGAGUACGAUGAAUCAUUCAAAUCAUUCGCUACAAAUUUCUACAUGAUGGUGUCUCAGAUGUGCCAACCUGGAUCGACCAUUACCCAAAACCAUACCCCAAACCUGCCACAACGCCAAAUUUCUUGCAGUAAUAAGUACAAUCAUUUUUUCUUGAAGAAGUCGCUCAUCUUUUUCAUACCACUAGUGUUGACCUUCUUUAGAUUCUUGACACCUCUGCUCUCACCAGCCUUCUUCCUCUUAUCCUCCUCGUCUUGUUUGCGCUUCUUUUCUGCGCGCGUUUCUAUCUCCUCAUCAUCACCUACCGUUGCUCGCUUCCUCGAAUAAUCUCCCAUAGAUCUUGCCGCCAAAGCAUCUUGCCGCAAUUUCGUUAGAUAUCCGAGAUGGCUAUCCAAGGAGGUGAAGUCGAUAGGUGAUGUUGAUGAUUUUAAAGAAUUCUUCAAUACGUCACUGAGGUGAGGGGCUAUGUAAUUCGAGCAAAUGAAAAAGAAUGCCGUACGGAUGCGCAGCAGGUCAGCAACACCCUGGGGUGCAUCGAUCGAUGGCAUGCUUAUUCUCUGAUCUUUAGAGACAUCAGCCAAAUCGCCCGAAAUUGAUGUUGCUGCUGUUGAAGCUUCAGAAAGUGAACUCGCUACAGUAUCUGUGGAUGAGUCUGUAAUUUGUGUAGUUUGUGAACCGAUUCGUGGAGUCGAAGUUCCUGACUUUGCCGAUGCACUCGCUUCCUCGUUCAAUCCUUCCUGAGUAGAUUCCUCACCACGGUUGAUACUCAGCACUGGUACGUCGAGUGCUUUUCUAACGAGUUUCUCCUCCAUGCUAGCAGGCAACCCGUACUCAACCAUUUUCUUGGCCUUCUGUAAAAGUUCCUUGGAAAGCUUUUCCUCGUUUAUUCUGAACAUUGUUUCGUCCCCAGCGUCCACUGUGUCGCAUACUGCCGUCAUCCUUUGUUCUAGCGUCGAUCGUAAUGGGCCAGCUCUCAGGAAAGACCCUAAAUGUGGUGAUGUAGAUAUUAAUUUAUCGAAAUAAUCAUCGCCAGACAGGAAUAACUUUUUGGGUGGAUCCGAAACUUUGGUCGUGGGAACAGGUGCAAGAGCUGGAAGAAUAAUGAAUAGAGAGUCAAUUGGCGUCGCAAUGAAUAGAUCUGCCCCUUUCGUGACAUAACCUUUGGCUUUGGACGAAGACUCUUCAUUAUCAAUCGUUUCAUCUUUGGGUGGUUCUUCCUUUAAUGAUGCCGUCGACUCAUCUUCCGGUACGAGUAACCAGCUUUUAGGUGUGGUUUUUGGUGCAGCUAUUCGAGUAAAUUCAUUGAAACCUUUAUUGGGACAUACAAGAUAUCGACUAUCCUUUGCGUAUCUAGGGUUUUCGAGUGUGAUAAUUCGAGCCUCCGUACUGAUAUCCUUUGGUAAUAUGAAAACCCUCGGGGGGUUGACAUCGUCUGGCUGCAGUUUGACUUUUGGAUCGGCGACUUUCGAAGGUUCUGUUUCUACUGCUGCAGCUUUGGUGGCUGGUCUCCCUCUAGUUUUAACCACCAUAUCCUAAACAAUUGUAUGUAUAAUUAUGGUAGAAUUGUUCAGCGAGUCGCAAUUAAACCACUGUGUUGUGCACUUGAGUUUUGGGUGAAUAUAUACCUG